AUGUAUAUGUAUUGUAUUCCUCCUUGUCGUUCUUGUUUUCUUCUUUUUCCUUUUUUCGCUGAGUGCCAUGUUUGGCGCCUCCUUCUCCAUCGCUCACGCGUCCACCCUCUCUCUCUCUCUUGCUCUUACUCCGAUCAUGGGCACUUGAACGAGGCGGGUUUCUGCCUGAUGUAUCGUCGGUUUCCUAACUCUUACUCGCAGACAUCUUUUACCCGCUCGCCACUUACUGUCGUACCGCCUCUUUUUCUUUUCUUCUUCUCCCUCUUUUCAUUUCUUCUGCUGAUGGUCGAAUAUUGA